CGAAUCCCAUUCUAAUUAGGAUUGAUCUUGAUUUAUUUGUUUCCUAGUUUGAUUAUGAUUUGUUUCCUUGUAGGAUUUGUAUUCCUUGUCUAUUUUGGAAUCAUCCUCUCCUAUAAAUAAAGGAGAAACCCCUUGUAACUAAACAGAACAAUUGAAUAUACAGAAUAUUUUCCCUCUUAUUAUUUUCUANGUGAUUACGCGGGCAGACAUUAGGGACGCGUAGACUAUUUGUUUUUUAGAAGACAAAUCACUUAAAAACGUCUUCCAAACAUCUUCCUCAAGCAGACAUAAACCUUAGCUUCUCGCGUCUUCUCAUCCUUCCGAUCUAAACCUAUCCGACUUCUCAUCCGCCCCGAUCUCAAAACCUACCCCUGCCGACUUCUCUCUCCCUCCGCCGGCGACUUCUCUCUCCCUCCGUCGUCCGCCGUCCGUCUUCCUCCUCCUCAUACCUCCAGCGACGCCUCCUCCUCUCAAAGAAAAAUGGGAGAAAAACAACAAUGGUCAAAUGAGCAAAUAAAAUGCUUAUUAGAGACUUGUAUUGAAGAGGUAAACACGUUGGGUAGAAAAGGGUUGAGUUUGCACAAAGAGUCGUGGAAUAAGUUAGGAAGAGUUCUCAAGGAAAGGUUUGGGCUUGAUUUGAGUCAAAAACAGAUGAGAAAUGCAUAUGACAACCUGAAAGCCAAAUACAGUGGAUGGGUGUAUUUGAAAAACAAAACUGGCAACAUAUACAAUGCUCAAACAAAUACUUUUACCUUAACGAACGAGGAAUGGGAAGAUUUUAAAAAGGGGCAUCCAAAGGCUGGAUCCUUGAAAACAGUUCCAUUGCCUUUUCCAGAGCUUUGUGCAGAACUGUUUGAUGGUAAUGCUGCCACUGGGAUGCACAAGUGGACCUCAACCCAACAAACAUCACUGGAUGCAUCAUCUUCUCAUUGUCGUCCUAAACCACUUUUGCUACAAAACACUGUUUUGCAUGAAAUAGAAGAUGAUGUUACUGACACUGGUUAUCAGACCUUUGAGAGUACUCGUGAACCUACUCCUGAGCCUAAUCCCGAUCGUACUUCUAAGCAUAACUUUGAGAAAAUGACGGGACAUAAAUACACGUUAGAGUUAUUGCAAGGAAAUCCCAAACAAUGCACUGAACUGCUACUCUUGGAUAAGAUGAUGCUCUUCGCCAAAGAUAUGAUAGUACAGACUUCAUUCAAUCCGAAUCCAAACAUUCCAGGACAAAACAAGAGGCUACGGCGGGUUUUUAAAGGGGUAGCACAUGAUGCUAGAAUAUUGUCAGAGGCAUUAUCAGAUCCACAUGCACCAUUCCCGAUUCCACCACCAGAUAAGUAUUAUCUUUGUGAUGCCGCGUAUGGACAUACACGAGGAUUUAUGGCUCCAUAUCGUAAUGUGAGGAAAGAGGGCUUGAGCGAUGACUUCUUUACAAAAUAUGAUCAACUAAACGUGUCAUUAGGAAAUCGUCGUGGGCACGUUGAUGUUGAUGAAGAAGAGGUUGAAGUACACGGUACUGCAGCGGAUCGUGAAUAUAUGAUCAAGUUACGAGAUGAAAUUACCGAGCGCUUAAUGCAAAUGCGUGCGUGGGUGGAGGGAGAGAGAGCUUCAAUUGAAAAGUGGCCGCCGGAUUCUUUUAUGCUUGCAAUAAUGAAUAAUCCAAAAGAAGAAGAAGAAGAACAAGUGAAGCUUCCGGUUUUGAAGAGGGGCUUUUGGACUCCUGAAGAGGAUUUGGUUCUCAAGAAGUGUGUCCAAACUCAUGGCGAGGGUAAUUGGGCUACCAUCUCUACCAAUUCCGGUUUGAUGAGAAGCGGUAAGAGCUGCAGGCUGAGAUGGAAAAAUUACCUAAGGCCAAACAUAAAGCGCGGCAUGAUGUCCGAUGACGAGAAGGAUCUCAUCAUCAGGAUGCAUAAGCUUCUGGGCAACCGAUGGUCACUGAUUGCAGGGAGGCUUCCAGGGCGAACGGACAACGAAGUGAAGAAUUUCUGGAACACCCAUUUGAACAAGAGGUGUCGAAGAGGGGGCAAGAAAGCGAGAACGACUCCCCCAAAAGAUGGGGAGGACAACACGUCUGCGGAUUCGACCGUUGUCACCACACCAAGAAGCACGGGCAAGCAGGGCGAUCAAGGCCGUGGUGGGAAACAGCAACAAGAAGAAGAGAUGAGUUCAAUCAUGAAUUCAUGGAUGGAGCACAUGGGAAUAAUGGACAUGAUGAAUAACUGCACCAGCACCAGCUUGGGUUCGUCACCGGUUUCGACCAACGACUUGCCUUUGGUUUUUGAGGCAGGGGACGCGCCAUUGGUUCCCAUCUGGGACGACAUUUUGCUUGAGGCGUUCAGAAGCACCGGGGACGAAACCUUGCUUGAUGCUAUCAUCCACCCAUUCCUGCUGCUAUGAAGCGUUGAACCGGGGGCGGACGAGGAGAAUUAUAUGUUUAAUUAUAUGAGUAAUAAUAAGUACUAGUGCAGGCAUGUUUGUGUUAUU